CACAAUCACUGCUGAAAGAAAUACAUUCUCUGAACAAAGAAAUGUCAAACGCCUGUCCAUAAUUUCAAAAUCCUGGCAGUAGAUCCUCACAUUAAUGACAACAAAUGUUCAGGAAUGAUGUCAGAUACCAGAGAAGCAACAGUGAUAUUUUCGAGAAUGUCUAAAUGAUCAUCUAUAUCUUCUCGUCUCACAGUAACAUUGUUUGCUAUGGCUGAUGACGUCACGAACUCUGCCUGCCACAUGCGCUCAACCUGAAAACCUGUCUCAAUCUACUCCAUUUUCCUCGGAAAAGAAGAAGCGGAACUCUAAUCAGAUGAAUGUUCAAAUCAAAAACGGAAAGUAAGGUUCCUCUGUCAGCAUCAACCGUAGGAGCUGUUGCGCCCCCCAGAGGUAAAUCUCCACAGAUGCUAUGAGCAAGGAAGACAAACCUGCACCAAGUCCGGUCCAUGGACUGUUUGAUGCAGCCAGUCACUUGUUGGGUCCCCCACCACUGGGAUCUGCCGUAUCUCCGGGUGGCCUCCCCUUCCCAGCACUCGCACACCUCCCUGCUUUCUCAUUCCUAGGUCGACCCCCGGGUUUCCCCCCCUCGGCGCUUUUCGGGUCCCUGGGAGCAUUACCGAACCCCCUGUAUGCUCAUGGCCCAAACCCAGUCACAGGUGGCGCCGACUGGUGGCGAUCUGCGUCUGAGCAGGCUCGUAGACUUGCGGAGGGUACAGGGCUGGAGGUAUAUGCUGGCAGUUUGGGCAAUGUGCUGCCUCCAUCUUUCUCACCCCUCGCCACAGGGCUGGAGUUCCCCCACCGUGUGGGGCUCGAGCACCUGCUGCGAGCCCCUGUCGACAUGGAUCACAGCUCUCUGUUGUCGGGAAUGAAACAUCUUGCCGAAACUUCCGCAGGAAGUCCAGUUUCAUCAAAACAGUCAUUGUCAUCGCGUUCACGAGGCACCAAGUCAUCUACAUCCACCUCUUCCUCCUCCACAACCAGGAGCCUUCUCAAUGGCACUGGGCCAAGCUCACACAUCGAUGGACGUAAACGCAAACAGAAAUCAUCCUCUUCUCACUCAUCAGGGACGCCCUCACCUGCCAUACCAUCAUCAUCAACGUCAUCAUCGUCACUGUACAAGCCAUCCUUACCUAAAAGUGAAUCACCAUUGGCUUUAACCUCUACUGUUCAACCAUCACAUGAAAAAUCAUCGCCGGUCCACAAGAAGAAGAGCAAGAAGGUCAACAUGACUGAAAACGGCAGCCACUCGGAUCUAAGCUCUUCAAGCUCUAGUCUCAGCGAUGACAGCUCAGGAGAAAAUCUUUCCAGUGAUGAGUUUGACAAGAAGGCGGGUGCCCUGGCUCACCAGAUAGAUGGGCUGAAGAAGAAGCUACUGGCUGACCAGAUCCGACAACGUGUCCAGAGCAAACCAGAGUCACCCCAGUCCUCCUUAAAGUCACAUGAACAUGGUCGCUCAUCCAAGUCCUCGCAUGAUAAGGAGCGGAAGUUGAGGGAGGAGGAGUUACGGCAGCUGGAGGCGGAGCUGCAGCACCAGCAGAAGCAGCUCAAGCACCUCCAGAAGCAGGAUAAGGAAGCAGCCCAGAACUUGCCGGAACAGGCAUCAUCAGGAGCGUCCUCCCCAUGCCACAGCAGCACCACAGGACUCAAACUCCACAUCAGUAAAGCUGCAAUAGCUAAACACCUAAACCACAGACUAGGAGAAGAUGGUCCAGGAACUUCAAAGUCAAGUCAAAAUACCUCGGGUAGUGACUCAGGGGGAGACAACUCUAAUAAUUCUGAUUCAGAGAGUGACAGUGACAACUCUGAAGAUGACAGCGGGGACAGCGACUCGGAAAGUGACCCCGAUGCCUCCGUAACGAGGAAGGGCCACAAAAAACAAGGACUGAAGAUGGGGAGGAGGGUGAGCAUGUCUUCACCAGCAAAGCGUCGCCGCAUCAUUACAAAUGAAAAUGACCUUCGCAUUCCCCUGGAACAUGGAUGGCGACGGCAGACCACAAUUCACACGAUGGGUCGCAGAGGCAUUGUGGGAGAAGUGCUGUACUUUGCACCUUGUGGGAAGAAGAUGAAAACAAUACCUGAUGUUAUGCGGUACUUGGAUCGAAACAGCAUCACAGACCUGUCGCGAGACAAUUUUACCUUCAACACCAAGGUCAAUGUGGGCGAGUUCUCCGAGAUGAGACAUGGACAUGUGAUGCCUGUGCCACUGGUGGAAGCAGAGAUACUGGAACGUAUCGCGAUGUCUAAGGGCAAGCGAGCCAGGAUGAAGGAGCUGGCCCAGAAGAGGAAGGAGAAGGCCCAGAAACAACAGGAGCUGGCCAAACACUUUAUGGAGAUGAAGUUGAAGAGGAAGCUGGAGCAGCAAGAGGCUCAUUCUAUUGAGCUUGCGAAAAAAGCUGCAGAGAACAAAUUUCAGAAGAGACUUGACUUACAAAGGCAGAAAGAGCUAUUGAAGAAGUCAAAACAGCUCAAAGCUGCCGAGCGUCGGAAACAGAAGGAACAGAAUAAGGUAAUGAAACAGCAGGAGAAGGUUCGAAGACAGGAACAGAUGAGGCAGGAAAGAGAGAUGAGAGCCCAGCACAUUCUUGAGUCCAACAUACUCUGGUUUCAUAUGGAGAGAGAGAGAGAGAUGAAGCGACAGCAAGCCGUCAUGAUGAGGGAGCAGGAACGUGAGAGACGGCGCCAGCACUUGCUGCUUGUCAAGGCUCUUGAGGCUCGAAAGAAACAAGAGGAGAAGGAGCGAGUGAAAGUAGAACGCUUACAAGAAAAACGGAUAUUCAGAGAAAGAAAACUGGAACAGCGUCGAGUGGAGCUUGAGAUGGCGCGGGAGAUGAAGCGGCCUAGUGAGGACAUGGAGCUCCGUGACAAUAGGGAGUUCCCGGAAUUUCCCAGAAUCCAUGGUGUACGUUUGGCAGGAGCUCCCUUUGCUGAUUGUCUGAUGGCGAUAGAGUUCAUGCAUAACUUUGGGGAUGCUCUUGGGCUUGACAAAGAUUCCAUCCCCACGAUGAAGAUCCUCCAGAACGCACUGAUGAACGAUAAUGAUGAGGAUAUGGAGGAGUUUCUGUGCCUAAUGUCUCAUCUUGUUCGAUUUGGACUGGAUGAUCCUGGUGUUCCAAACCCUAAAGAGGCUGUGACGAAGCUUAACCAGAAGAUUACAGACAUUGAACUUACAGACUCCACCCUGUCCGAGAUCCUCCGAAUAUUCAUAAUAGCCCGCAACGGCAAGAAGACUGAGAUGAGCGACUGGCUGGAAACGCAACCCCUUGAAGCCCUCAAUCCCACCAAGAAGGCAGCCGUCCUGGCCUUUAUAUGCAACGAGUUGCUAGGCAGUCGUGUGAUCUCUGGCGAGGUGGACAAGAACAUAGAGACGAUCAACACUCUUCGCAGAGACAAGUGGCUGGUGGAAGGAAAGCUGAGACAAUUGAGAAUGAUUCAAGCCAAGAAGUGUCGGAAAGCAGGAAAGCCCCUGGACGUAUCAUCCAACCAGCCUAAUGUGGAGGAGGACAGCACAAACAUGUCGGCCAGCAAACAAGGAAGUGACGAUGAGGAGGACAAGGAUGAUGAUGAUGACAAGGAUGACGACGACAAGGACGAUGACAGUGGUAAUGACAGCGAUGCCACAAAUACUACCAACGCCACAGGCGCCGUGUCGGAGGAGGAAGAAGAUGGGAUCACUAUUGAGGAAUGUGAAAAGAAGAUUGAAAAGCUUACAAAGCAACAUGGACUGUACAGGAACAAGGUUUUUGAUGCUUCUCACAAAUUGCGGGGAUUGACGCUUGGCCAGGACAGAUACAAGCGUCGAUUCUGGAUAUUGCCUUACGCUGGUGGCCUGUACCUUGAAGGAUUGGAGUCUUCAAAGGAGAUUUAUGAUGAUAACCCUGAGUUUGUUGGACUAAAGAAGAAGGCAGAUGUGAAAGUAGAAGCAGACGUCAAGAAGGAAGCAGAUGUUAAAAAUGAAGCAGCCAUUAAGAAAAAGGCAGAUGUGAAAGAAGAAAAGAUGGAGACAGAUGAAGUAAAGAAAGAACAAGUGAAAGAUGAAAAGGAAGAGGUGGUAAAUGAGAAAGAUGUGAGCACUGUGAUUGAGAAGGGAGAAAAAGUUGUUAAUGGUGAAUGUGAUUCAAUGAAAUUGGAAUCGGAAAAGGACUCAGUGAAAUCUGAAAGUUUAAUAGUGGAGGAGUUGUCAAAGGUUGUGAAGGAAAAUGGAGAAAAUGAGGAAAAGAAAGAAAAGAGUAAUUGUAAAAUUGAUACAAAUUUGUUCCUCCAAAAGGCAGACAUUACAAAACUUAGUGACAUCUUGAAAAUACCAAAAAGAGACUCUCUGAAAAACUCUCCAAAGGAGGUUGUGAAUAAUGUUCACACAGCACUGACGAUACCAUCGCCAAUAUCUUCGCAUUCCACAUCACUGGUCAGUAGUACACCGAUUACCUCCCCUUGUCCAUCCUCCCCUUCUCAUAAAACCGAGACCAAGCAUAAUUUCACAAGCAUCGAUUCGUUGCUCAAGAAAGAGACGGACAGUACCACAAAUAAUUCAUCUAAUAAUCAUUUUCUCCCUCCAAAUAUUUUUCCCCCAUCACCUCUUAUCAAGGAUCAUCACAUGAACAGUUAUACUGACAUCCUUGAACAAAAGCCAUGGUUCAGUAUAUUACCCAGAAUGCCUUGCGAUGAGCAGUCAUUAACACGCACACCCCACUCGAGCAAUUCGCCGUCAGUUGUAUCAAACACAUCCUUAUCAUUUUUCCCGCUACUGCCAUUCCCACCAUCAAGCCCAGGGUUUGGCUCAUUCCAAAUGGGACAGUUACAGAAUAGUACAUUGGACUCCAGUCUAUUGUCAAAUUCAGACACAUCUUUGGCGAAUUUGUCGUCAAGUUUGUCGUCCUUCAAAGUGCCGCCCCCACCUUGUGAUACUCCAACCAGCUCCAGCUGCACUGGAAGUGUUACCAUGGAGAUGCUCAAACCUGUGAAGAUUGAGCCGCUACCUAUUCCUGAUGACAAGCAGCUAAACUGGUGGCGUCUCAUGGAUGAGGAAAACGUGAAGGACAUCCUCAAGUGCCUCCAUUCACGCGGCAUCAGGGAGAAGAAUCUCAUGAAGAACCUGCAGAAGUACCUGGAGUACGCCUGUUCCUGUUGUGGCAAGGGAAAUGACAAAGUGAUGAAGUUUGAAGUAAAGAAGGAGUGCAAUAGUCCGGGCAAGAGCAAAGCCCACAAAGAGGCAGAGGCAGCUCGGCUGAAGAAGAUUGAGGUGCCCCGCCCGGAUGACCCGGAUCACUGGCUUCAUGACGCUAACCUGGAGGUGGAGAUGGGCGUCUUGGAGGAGGUGGAAGCUCUUGAGGAGCGCAUCUUCCAAGCCAGUCUCCAGGUCAAGGGCUGGAAGCUCCCAGCGAAGGCGACAGAGGACCCCAAGUUGGAGCUGGUAUGUCGCACUGUUACCGAAUUGAAGGAACACCAGCGCUUCCCGCUUGAUGUGGCCAGAGAGAGGCUUCUGAAGCUGGAGACAAACGUGGAGAGACGCUACCUCAAACCCCCGCUUAUCAAGAGGAACGUGAGCCUACCACCCAACAUAGCCAACAUGUCGACUUCCAGUGAAGGACAUGCAGGGGACCAGGACGAUGAUGACCAGGAACCAACCAAUGUGGAGGAAAACAUUCCGCCUGGUCUCAUCUUGUGGCGGAAGGCGGUGGCCGCAACCACGUCAUGUGCACAACUCAUGUUGUGUCUGCUACAGCUCAACAACUCCAUAUCUUGGGAGAAGUCCAUUAUGAAAGUGAUCUGCCAGAUUUGCCGGAAAGAUGACAAUGAAGCUGAACUGCUUCUGUGUGACGGAUGUGAUAAGGGCUACCAUACUUACUGCUUCAAGUCGAAGAUGUAUUUUGAGACUGGUACUGCUAGUGGUGCCCCUCACUGUAUAGUGUGCGGCAAGAAGCUGGGGAAGAUAGUGGAAUGUGAUCACUGCCCCCGUACAUACACAUCGACUGCCCUCGACCCACCUCUACCUCGUAUUCCCAAGAAAUGGGCCUGUCCUGCUUGUAUGGUUGGAAAGAAACCCAAGCGAAGUGAGAAAGAAGCCGUCCGAGUGAAGGACGAAGCUUCUGGCGUGGAGAUGGAGAAGCACAACUGUGGGUGGUACUUCCUCCAGCCUGUCAACGCCAAGAAGUUCCCAUCCUAUAAAAAAUACAUCAAACACCCCAUGGACUUUGCCACCAUGAGGAGCAAACUCAGGGAAAACAUGUGA